UCGACGACCACUCGAAGCGCAACGAGCGGCUUGGCGACGCCGAGGCAGCCUUAGCCGUCUCGUAUGCCCCUCUGCCUCUCUCUGUUAACUCGUUAAGCUCGCAGGCGCGGCGCGUUCGGCAUUCGGGAGGAGGGCGCCCCGCCGCACGCGGCGUGUUCGACAAAAUGCGCCUGUGAGGCCCGCCGGUCGCUGUGAAGGUUCUAGGAUGGAUAUGCUGCCAGGUCGGUCGGAGCGCACGGCGCGGCACGCCCUCUCAUGAGGCUGGUCACCAUGACCGGCGCGCCGACCCUGCGGCAGCUGCACCUGGAGGAGCGGCUCCUGCAGCCUUUUCCGCGGGACAUCAUGUCAUGGACUGGCCAGUUCUAUAGCGAAGUGUUCAAUGGAUUUGGCGAUUUUCAUCUGCGCGAGAAUGACUAUGCAUUUAAUCAUCGUAAGUUUGGUGGCAAAGCUCAGUCAAUAACGAAAGAUCGUUGGGUUCAUCACACAUCUUUCUUGUGGGAUUAUGGUGUGAAGAAUAUGGAUUAUCUCAAAAUCCCAAAGCGUGCACCCGAAUAUUGACUGGUACUUUUCUAUCUGUUGAUUUUGUUGAUUUGAUUUCCAGGAUCCUUUAUAGAUAGACAUUGAGAAGAAGGCAUUGCUAUGAGCCUCU